UGAAGAGAAAAAUCUCUCGCAGCUCAUGGUCAGCAGCUGGAGUGUAGCAGAUUGAGAGUGUGUAUAAAACUGGAAGUGUAUAGCUCAACAUACAGAAUCGCUAGCUUUUGCCAACGACCAACAAACUCGAUCCUCACGUCUGGAGCGUGAGGCGUGAGCUACCUGGCCUAGCUUGCAGCAACAACCAGGCAAAGCGCCAAGCGAAGCCGGCCGCCGGCCUCUCUUGCGAGCUGCAACAGCUCGAGCUAACUAUAGGUAGCUAGCUUCGAAGCUGGGUGGCGCCGGCCGAUCGACGAGGGGCUGCAUGGGCAACGCCCUGGGCUGCGCGGGCCUCGGCGAGCGGGUGGCGGCGGCGGCGAGGGACGGCGACGCGGCGGAGGUGCGGCGGCUGCUGGAGGCGAACCCGGGGCUAGCGCGGUGCGCCGCCUUCGGCAGCCUCAACUCGCCGCUCCACCUCGCCGCGGCCAAAGGGCACCACGAGAUUGCUCAGCUGCUGCUGGAGAAUGGAGCAGACGUGAAUGCGAGGAACAUAUAUGGACAGACGGCGUUGAUGCAAGCGUGCCGGUUCGGUCACUGCGAGGUGGUUCAGACGCUGCUGGUUUUCAGAUGCAACGUGUCCAAGGUGGACAGCCUCAGCAGCCGGACGGCGCUGCAUCUCGCGGCGGCCGGAGGCCACGUCAAGUGCGUCAGGCUGCUGCUGGCGGCCGCCGCCGGCGACGGUGACAGGUUCGUGAACAGGGCGGCCAGCGGCGGCGUUACGGCGCUCCACCUGGCCGCGCUGCACGGCCACGUGGACUGCGUGCACCUGCUCAUCGACGAGCACGCCGACCUCGCGGCGCAGUCGCUCCCCUGCGUCGCGUCGCCGAUGGGAUCCAUCGGGGCCGGGAGCACCCCGCUGCACUACGCCGCCGCAGGCGGCGAGGUCAAGUGUUGCCAGAUCCUUGUGUCGCGAGGAGCCGACAGAACCGCCGUCAACUGUAACGGGUGGCUCCCGGUGGACGUGGCGAGGACAUGGGGCUGCCACUGGCUGGAGCAUGUGCUGUCGCCCAAGUCGCACCUGCCGAUCCCCAAGUUCCCGCCCUCCGGCUACCUCUCCUCGCCGCUCGCCAGCGUGCUCAGCAUCGCAAGGGAUUGUGGCCUGGUUCUGAACUCGUCGUCUCAAGUUUCAGACGGCGUCGACGACAGCGACGCCUGCGCAGUCUGCCUGGAAAGACCCUGCAACGUGGCUGCCGAAGUUUGCGGGCACGAGCUGUGCGUGAAAUGCGCGCUGGACCUCUGCUCGGUGAUCAAGUCCUACGACGUGCCGGGGAUCGCCGGCUCCAUCCCGUGCCCGCUCUGCCGCAGCGGCAUCGCCUCGUUCAGGAAACGGGCAGCUUCAGAAGCACCGGACGAACCCGAGCCUGAGCUGAACCCUACCUGCUCCGGUGGUCACUGCAAUAACUGCUGCGGCGAGGGCCACCAGGCGUCCUCCAGGCCGGAGAAGAAGCCCGCCGACGGGUGCCGGAAUUACGGCAACGCUGGCAUGGAUUCAGAGGCCAUCGUCCCACUCUACUGCGCUCCGUUCACUCCUCCUCCCGUCCUGUCCUGAACUCCUCCUGAUCAGGUUUGCAGCAUGCAGACAUGCUGCGAGUGGCAGCUUGCAGUUACAAGAAGCAGAGAAGCUGCACCAACAGUAGAGAAGCUGCCGUAGGAGCAGAGUAUUAUGCAACUACACAUAGGUACAUCAUACAUAGACAGAGACAGACAGGUGAUUUGAUUUGUUGUUUCUGCUUGCUGGUGCUAAUGGUGGUGUACAUUACAUGGGUGUAACAUGCUGUACGUCUGCUGGUUUGUUGUGGAGUGGUUGUAGAAAGAAACAAAGAACAUUAUUAAUUCUUUUGCUGUAAAGGUUUUCUGGCUUUUUAACUCA